GAUGGAAAAGGAGUGGCUUUCUCUUGGGAUUCUAAAUUUAGGAGACCUACAGACUGGUUUUGUUACUAUUGACCAGGAAGUACCUUGUUUUGUUUUGCAAGCUCUGUGUUCUCAUUUGCAUUACGUGUUCUCAAAGAGUAUAUUCUAAAUCAUUUUCCUUUCUUCCCUUGCCGGAAGUGCUCGAAUAUUAAACACAUACACUCAAAAGAGGAAACUCAGGAACUCAGAAAUCAUGUGACCGGUGACUAAGUUAAACCUUUUCUGCUUACUGAAAGGAAAGAGUCCGAUGAUUAGUUACUAAUCCCCCUUGUAUUUGUAAAGUUUUGGAGAUACUGAAUCAUGUUUUCAUUUAUGCUUUUUUCCACUCUGUUUUCUUCCAUAUUCGCUGAACCUGGGGAGCAACGCUGGGUCUGCAACUCCUCUGAUGUCUCUGUUUGGUAUACCUAUUGUGAUGACAUGAAAGCCCCUAUUUCAAUAGAGCUGAAACCUUGUAUAACACUGAAGGGAAGCAAGGGAUAUUUGCAUCUUUCCUACAUUCCAAGAAGAGAUAUUAAAAAACUAUAUUUCAAUAUCUAUUUAUCUUUCAACUCCAUGGAUUUUCCAAUGCGCAAAGAAGUUGUUUGCAGAGGAUCCGAUGAUCUUUAUUCUUUCUGCAGAGCUCUGAAGGGAGAGACUGUGAAUACAGCGGUAUCCUUCUCCUUCAGGGCACUACGAUUUUCUAAGGGGCGAUAUAGAUGUGUUGCAGAAGCCAUCUCUGGAGAUCCUGAAGAAAUGCUCUUUUGUUUGAAUUUUACCAUCAUACACCACCCUGAUUUCAAAUAGAAUAAAUAAAGUGUAUUUUUCUUUUUCAGAA